CAUAUUGACAACCUAACAGGAAUGAGCCAAUCCCGUUUGACCAGAUCAUUGGUGAGCAGAGCGGAAUCAGCACUGACAGCGAAGCACGGAGGUCCCGAAUUUUCAACCAGCUACAAAUAGCGUUUCCACAACAAGUGAUAACCGGCAAGCCGGUGAAAAAAUAAGUACUUCCUCUCGGUGAGCACAGGAACACGCAGAAGAGACUGAUUAGAACUAGUGUAGCAGCAAAGUAGGAAGAAAAAGAUGGGCACGUCAUCGGUGUGGAUUACCGUUGCUUUGGUAGCCGGUUUGAUCAAUUCCGGUCUGGCUUUGUACUCAUCGGGGGAUGAUGUGAUUGCAUUGACCGAGAGCAACUUCGAACGGAUGGUAAUCAAAAGUGACGAAGUUUGGGUGGUAGAAUUCUACGCUCCGUUCUGUGGACACUGUCGUAACCUGGUACCGGAGUACAAGAAGGCAGCAUCUGCCUUGAAGGGCAUCAUAAAAGUAGGUGGUAUUAACUGCGAGGAAGAGCAGGGUCUGUGUGGCCAACAUGGUGUCCAAGGAUAUCCAACCAUAAAAAUCUUCGGCGCAAAUAAACGAUCUCCGGUGGACUAUAAAGGACAGCGAACUGCCAAGGACAUUGCCGAGGGAGCUCUAGCGGAAGCAAAGAAGAAAAUUAAAAACGUUCUUGGAGGUGGUUCGGGCGGUUCUUCCUCCAACGGCGGUAGCUCAGACUCCAACGAUGUGGUGGAACUAACCGAUUCCAACUUUGAUAAAUUGGUUUUGAACAGUGAUGAUGUGUGGUUAGUUGAAUUCUUUGCACCCUGGUGUGGACACUGUAAGAAUCUUGCCCCUCAUUGGGCGAAAGCUGCUUCCGAGCUAAAGGGAAAGGUAAAACUAGGAGCACUCGAUGCAACUGUUCACACACUCAAGGCGCAACAGUUCGGAGUACAGGGCUAUCCAACAAUUAAAUAUUUCCCCGGAGGUUCAAAAGACCGCGACGCAGCUCAGGAAUACGACGGAGGACGAACUGCAUCCGAUAUAGUGAACUGGGCUUUGGAAAAAUACAACGAAAAUAUUCCGGCACCCGAGAUUGUACAACUGACUUCGGAAAAAGUUUCGAAAGAUACCUGCCAGGAUAAGCCUCUCUGCGUUAUCUCCAUUCUGCCUCAUAUUUUAGACUGUGAUGCUGCCUGCCGAAACAGUUUUCUCAACAUCCUCGCUAAAAUGGGCGAAAAGUACAAGAAAAAGCAGUGGGGAUGGCUGUGGAGUGAAGGCGGCGCCCAACCGGAAGUCGAAACAACUCUGGACAUUGGAGGUUUCGGUUACCCAGCAAUGGCUGUAGUCAACAUUAAGAAGAUGAAAUACUCGCUCCUACGGGGAUCAUUCUCCGAAGAGGGAAUUAACGAGUUCCUGCGAGAUUUGUCCUUUGGUCGGGGCCACACGGCACCGGUGAAGGGAGCGGAACUGCCCAAAAUUCACACAAUCGAACCUUGGGAUGGAAAAGACGGCCAGUUGCCCGAGGAGGAAGACAUCGACCUGUCAGAUGUGGACCUCGAUGAAAAGGAUGAACUGUAAGCGCGCGGCGGUAAUCGAAAUCACAAACUAGGAGUAAGCUUAGUACGUAGCAAAGAACUUGUCAUUUCCAACAAAUAAAGCAUUUGAUUCCAUAAAAUAAGUUAAA